UAUUCCACCAUUCAAUAUUUGCUAUUUCAUUUGCAUAGACCUGCCUAUAGUCAUUUGUCGUUCAAGCGGAAAGUUCGGAAAGUUCGAAAGCUUCUAUUAAAGAUACAAGUGGAGUCAUCACAGUCAUGACUGUUAACUAGUAUGUAGAUUUUGCUGAUUGAAGUCAAAUUUCGCACCUGCUACCAACGCAACAGGCACGAACAUGCUUGCACAAGACUAGCCCAACUUUACCUUACCUCAACGUAGAAAAUUUGAUAUUUACGUUACAUCAUUACAUACCAAUCUCAAGUAAAAGGACAUUGGACAAAAUGUGGCCACUAACAAAACUCUUAUUGAUAAAUAUUUUAAUAGCAACGUCACAUGGAAUUGUCCAUGAAAGAGAAGCUCUUAUAGAAAAGGAACUAAAAAUGAUGGUUGGACAUUCAAUUAAACUCAGUGACAGAGAAAUAGAAGCAAAUGAAAUAAUAAUGGACCUUAAGCGUGAAGAAAUAGAUUACGGUUUUUGGAAUCCCAAAGAUUUUAAUCUAUCAAAACAUUUCUUCGAAUAUAAGGAGCAGGUGAAAGACACUAAAUUGUACAAAAUACUGAAGAGUAUGCCCAAAGGCGCAAUGCUGCAUGGACACGACACGGCUAUACUGGGUCCAGAUUACAUGCUUGAAUUAACCUAUUGUGACGACCUGUGGGUUUGUUUCAAGGAAGACCAAUCCGAUGUUAGCUUUAUUUUUUCGAAGCACCGCCCUACUGGGUGGUGUGAAACGAAAUGGGAAAGAGCCAUGGAUAUAAGAAGAUCUACAAAUUUUAGAAAAUUUGAUGCAAAACUUAGAAAAUUCUUUACUCUUGUGAUUGACAAUCCUCAAGAAGUUUAUACUGAUGUGAAUACAGUUUGGGAAUAUUUUAUGAAGUAUUUUAUACGCACGGGACCUCUAUUCACUUAUAAACCAGUGUGGGAGAAGUAUUACUACCAUACAUUGCUUGCUUUAAGAGAAGAUAACGUCAUGUACCUUGAAAUUAGGAGUGUAUUGCCACCAUUGUACGAUUUGGAAGGCAAUAUUUACAACUCGGUAGACACAGCCAAAAGCUACAAGCGAGUGACAGAAAAAUUCAAGAAAGACUAUCCAGAUUUCUUCGGAGCAAAAUUGAUUUAUGCUCCUAUAAGAUCAGUGGCCACAGAAACUUUGAAAAACUAUAUUAAAAUAGCUAAAGAAAUUCACGAGCUGAUGCCUGAUUUCCUUGCGGGUUUUGAUUUAGUUGGUCAAGAGGAUUUGGGAAAGCCUUUGAAAGAGUUUUAUCCCGAACUAGCAAAUAUUGGCCUGAAUUUGUAUUUUCAUGCAGGAGAAACGAAUUGGUACGGCACAAGUACAGAUGAGAACUUAUUUGAUGCUAUUCUUCUUGGCACAAAGAGGAUCGGGCAUGCAUUUGCUUUAGUGAAGCAUCCUUUGUUAAUGAAAGAAGUUCAGAAGAGAAAGAUAGCACUAGAGAUGAAUGUUAUAUCAAAUGUUGUUUUAAAGUUAGUCGAUGAUGUAAGGAAUCAUCCAUUAGCUACGUACUUGAGUCAAGAUAUGCCUGUAGUUCUAUCGAGCGAUGAUCCAGGUACUUGGGAAGCUGAGAUUUUGACUCAUGAUUUUUAUGUUACUUUUGUGGGAGUGUCCAGUCGACAUGCAGAUCUUAAAAUGUUGAAGCAGUUGGCUUUGAAUUCUCUAUACUAUAGCUCACAUAGGGCAAAGCGUAAAAUGGUGCAUGAGUUUCAAAUUCGUUGGGCAAAGUUUAUUGAUGCAAUUCUUAAAGAUCGACCUGAUCGCGUUCAUGUUUAGAAAUUGAUCGUGUAUUUGCUGUCUGAUUGUUGUUUUCUACUGUUGUAUAAAUUAAAUAUUAAUUUGUUUUGCAA